AUGUCUGAUACAAAACCUCAAAAGAAGGAAAUCGAAAAAACAGCAGCUCAAAAGGUUUCAAAGUUUGGAUCCUUUAUUGCAGGUGGUAUGGCUGCCUGUAUUGCAGUUACAUUUACAAAUCCAAUUGAAUUAGUAAAAAUUAGAAUGCAGUUACAAGGUGAACUAGCAGCUGUUGGACAGAAAGUUUAUAGAAAUCCUAUUCAAGGUAUGGGUGUGAUCUUUCGAAAUGAAGGUAUACGAGGUCUUCAAAAGGGGUUAGUUGCAGCAUAUAUAUAUCAAAUUGGUUUGAAUGGUUCCAGACUUGGAUUUUAUGAGCCAAUUAGAAAUGCCCUAAAUAGUACUUUUUAUCCGAAUGAAGAAUCACAUAAGAUCCAAAAGGUUAGCAUCAACGUUGCUGCAGGUGCUUCUUCGGGUAUCAUUGGUGCAGUUAUAGGGUCGCCUUUGUUUUUGGUGAAAACAAGAAUGCAAUCUUAUUCUGAUGCUAUUAAAAUUGGUGAACAAACUCAUUAUAGAAACGUGUGGAAUGGUCUUUCCACAAUCGCAAGGACAGAAGGAUUUAAAGGUUUAUUUCGUGGUAUUGAUGCAGCCAUAUUGAGAACUGGUGCAGGAUCAUCUGUUCAGUUGCCAAUUUAUAACACUGCCAAAAACUUCUUGUUGAAGAAUGAUCUUAUGAAAGAUGGACCGGGCUUACAUCUAACCGCAAGUACAAUUUCAGGUUUAGGUGUUGCAGUCGUCAUGAACCCAUGGGACGUCAUUUUAACUAGAAUUUAUAACCAAAAAGGGAACUUAUACAAAGGUCCCGUGGACUGUUUUGUCAAAACUGUUAGAACGGAAGGAAUUUCAGCAUUGUACAAAGGUUUCCAAGCUCAGAUACUAAGAAUUGCACCACAUACAAUUAUAUGUUUGACUUUCAUGGAACAGACCAUGAAGUUGGUGUAUUCAGUGGAGAGUAAAAUUCUUGGACAUAACUAA